AUGCCUUUGGCCACGUCUCUGCCCCGCCGUGUAUUUGUGGUGGGGGUCGGCAUGACCAAGUUGCCUGGGGAUGCGAAUAAAGACUACCCGGACUUGGCAAAGGAAGCAGGCCAGAAGGCUUUAGCGGAUGCCCAGAUCCCUUACUCAGCAGUGGAACAGGCAUGUGUUGGCUACGUUUAUGGUGACUCCACCUGUGGGCAGAGGUCUAUAUAUCACAGUUUGGGACUGACCGGAAUUCCUAUAAUCAAUGUCAACAAUAACUGUUCUACUGGCUCAACUGCUUUGUUUAUGGCCCGGCAACUGAUUCAGGGUGGUCUGGCAGAUUGUGUCUUGGCUCUUGGGUUUGAGAAGAUGGAAAAGGGAUUACUUAGUUUUGCAAAUAGGACCAAUCCAAUAGAUAAGCAUGUUGAAGUCAUGAUUAACAAGUAUGGAUUAUCUCCGCAUCCAUUUGCUGCUCAGCUGUUUGGGCAUGCUGGAAUAGAGCACAUGGAAAAAUAUGGAACAAAACCUGAACACUUUGCGAAAAUUGGAUGGAAAAAUCAUAAACAUGCAGUUAAUAACCCGUAUUCCCAGUUCCAGAAGGAGUACAGCUUGGAUGAAGUGAUGUCAUCUCAAAGAAUUUUUGAAUAUUUGACUAUCUUACAAUGCUGUCCUACUUCAGAUGGUGCUGCAGCGGCAGUUUUGGCUAGUGAAGUGUUUGUUCAGAAAAAUGGCCUGAAAUCCAAAGCUGUGGAAAUUGUGGCUCAAGAGAUGAUAACUGACUUGCCAAGCUCAUUUGAAGAAAACAGCAUGAUUAAAGUGGUUGGCUUUGAUAUGAGUAAAGAAGCUGCCAGAAAAUGCUAUGAGAAGUCUGGCCUGAGACCAAGUGAUAUUGAUGUAAUAGAACUUCACGAUUGCUUUUCUUCCAAUGAACUUUUUACUUAUGAAGCACUGGGACUCUGUCCAGAAGGUCAAGGUGGAAAACUGGUUGAUGAUGGAGAUAAUACUUAUGGAGGAAAGUGGGUCAUAAAUCCCAGUGGUGGACUGAUCGCAAAGGGACACCCACUUGGAGCUACAGGUCUGGCUCAGUGCGCCGAACUCUGCUGGCAGCUGAGAGGGGAAGCCGGGAAGAGGCAAGUUCCUGGUGCAAAGGUUGCUCUGCAGCAUAAUUUGGGCCUUGGAGGAGCUGCGGUUGUCACGCUGUACAGGAUGGGUUUUCCUGAAGCUGCCAGAUCUCCCCAAGUUGAGGCUGUUCCAACCAGCUCUACACUUGACGGAUUUAAGGCAAAUCUUGUCUUUAAGGAGAUUGAGAAGAGGCUUGAAGAGGAAGGGGAGCAGUUUGUAAAGAAGAUUGGUGGUAUUUUCGCCUUCAAGGUGAAGGAUGGCCCCGAGGGCAGAGAAGCCACCUGGGUGGUAGACGUGAAGAAUGGCAAAGGAGCCGUGCUCCCUAACUCAGAUAAGAAAGCCGACUGCACAAUAACGAUGUCCGACUCAGACUUAGUGGCUUUGAUGAUUAAAAUGAAUCCUCAGUUGGCCUUCUUUCAAGGCAAAUUGAAAGUCCUUGGCAACAUGGGUCUGGCUAUGAAGUUACAGAAUCUUCAGCUUCAGCCCAGCAAAGCUAAGCUGUGA